AUGUUGUAUUAUUUUACUGUCCUUUUUGGCCACGAUGGACAGAAACCACUGGAGCUGCGCUGUGAGGAGGAGCAGGAUGGUAAAGAGUGGAUGGAGGCCAUUCAUCAGGCCAGUUAUGCAGACAUUUUGAUUGAGAGGGAAGUGCUAAUGCAGAAGUACAUUCAUCUAGUUCAGAUCGUGGAAACUGAGAAAAUUGCUGCUAAUCAACUACGGCAUCAACUUGAAGAUCAAGAUACGGAAAUUGAAAGGCUUAAAUCAGAGAUUAUCGCUCUUAAUAAAACCAAGGAACGAAUGCGACCUUACCAAGGCAACCAAGAAGAUGAAGACCCAGACAUCAAAAAAAUUAAAAAGGUGCAGAGCUUCCUGCGAGGGUGGCUGUGUCGCCGGAAGUGGAAGAUCAUCGUGCAGGACUAUAUCUGCUCCCCGCACGCCGCGAGCAUGAGGACGAGGAACCAGAUUGUGUUCGCCAUGGUGGAGGCCGAGGCGGACUACGUCCACCAGCUCCACGUGCUGGUCAACGGCUUCCUCCGGCCCCUGCGGAUGGCAGCCAGCUCCAAAAAGCCCCCCAUCAGCCAUGAUGACGUCAGCAGUAUUUUUCUCAACAGUGAAACAAUUAUGUUUCUUCAUGAAAUAUUUCAUCAAGGACUGAAGGCAAGGAUAGCUAACUGGCCUACUUUAAUUUUAGCCGAUCUGUUCGACAUUUUGCUUCCCAUGCUGAACAUUUAUCAAGAAUUUGUGCGUAAUCACCAGUACAGCCUCCAAGUGCUCGCCAAUUGUAAGCAAAACAGAGAUUUCGACAAACUCUUAAAACAAUACGAAGCUAACCCUGCCUGCGAGGGGAGGAUGCUGGAAACCUUUCUGACCUAUCCAAUGUUCCAGAUCCCCAGGUAUAUCAUCACACUUCACGAACUUCUAGCUCAUACGCCCCAUGAGCAUGUGGAGAGGAAAAGUCUGGAGUUUGCCAAGUCAAAACUAGAGGAGCUGUCCAGGGUGAUGCAUGAUGAAGUGAGCGACACGGAAAACAUACGGAAAAACCUCGCCAUCGAAAGGAUGAUCGUGGAGGGCUGUGAUAUUCUGCUGGACACCAGCCAGACCUUCAUCCGCCAAGGUUCUCUAAUUCAAGUACCUUCCGUUGAGAGGGGGAAACUUAGUAAAGUGCGCCUGGGUUCAUUGUCUUUGAAAAAGGAAGGAGAAAGACAAUGCUUCUUAUUUACAAAACACUUUUUAAUUUGUACAAGAAGUUCAGGAGGAAAACUGCAUCUGCUCAAGACAGGUGGGGUUCUCUCUCUAAUAGAAUGUACAUUGAUUGAAGAGCCGGACGCAAGCGAUGAUGACCCCAAAGGUUCUGGGCAAGUGUUUGGCCACCUGGAUUUUAAAAUAGUGGUGGAGCCUCUGCAUGCUGCCCCCUUCACUGUGGUCUUGUUAGCACCUUCACGCCAGGAGAAAGCAGCUUGGACAAGUGACAUAAGCCAGUGUGUGGACAAUAUAAGAUGCAAUGGUUUAAUGACGAUAGUGUUCGAAGAGAAUUCCAAAGUUACGGUGCCACAUAUGAUUAAGUCGGAUGCCCGGCUACACAGAGACGACACUGACAUUUGCUUCAGUAAGACGCUCAACUCCUGCAAGGUGCCCCAGAUCCGUUAUGCCAGUGUGGAGCGCCUUUUGGAGCGGCUGACAGACCUGCGGUUCCUGAGUAUUGAUUUCCUCAACACUUUCCUGCACACCUACCGGAUCUUCACUUCCGCGGCCGUGGUGCUGGCGAAGCUUUCUGACAUAUACAAGAGGCCCUUCACCUCCAUCCCCGUGAGGUCACUGGAAUUAUUUUUUGCUACCAGCCAGAACAACAGAGGUGAACACUUGGCGGAUGGAAAAUCCCCACAUCUGUGUCGCAAAUUCUCUUCCCCACCACCAAGGGCUGUGUCUAGAACUUCCUCCCCCGUGAGAGCCAGAAAGCUGUCCUUGACUUCGCCCUUGAACUCAAGGAUAGGAGCUUUGGACCUGACUACUUCCUCGGCAUCCAGCAGUCCCACGACCACCCAGAGCCCCGCUGCGUCCCCACCGCCACACACUGCAGUCCUAGAGCCUGCGCCAGCGGACCGAGCAGGAGUGGAAAGCGUCCCAGCUGCAGAUGCCACGGAACUUUCGCCCUGCAGAUCCCCCUCAACUCCUCGGCACCUCCGCUAUCGCCAGCCUGGAGGACAAGCUGCUGACAGUGCCCUCUGCUCGGUGUCACCUGCUUCUGCUUUUGCCAUCGCCACAGCUGCGGCAGGACACGGGAGUCCUCCAGGUUUUAACAACACCGAGAGAACAUGCGAUAAAGAGUUCAUCAUACGCAGAACAGCCACCAACCGAGUGCUCAAUGUUCUUCGUCACUGGGUCUCAAAGCACGCACAGGAUUUUGAACUGAACAACGAAUUAAAGAUGAACGUCCUAAAUUUAUUAGAAGAAGUUUUGCGGGACCCGGACCUCCUUCCCCAGGAAAGGAAAGCCACGGCAAAUAUUCUGAGCGUUCUUUCUCAAGAGGAUCAGGAUGACAUCCACCUGAAAUUAGAGGAUAUCAUUCAAAUGACUGACUGUCUGCAGGCCAAGUGCUUUGAGACCUUGUCAGCCAUGGAGCUGGCGGAGCAGAUCACUCUCCUGGACCACAUCGUCUUCCGAAGCAUCCCCUAUGAAUGCUUCCUCGUAAUCCCCUUUGCUUGUGGAACGAGCAUGGAGUCCACCUUUGACGUGAACCAGCGCGGGUCUGGGCUCUGGGGAAAGCAAAGCAGGGCCCCUACCUUCAGCAUGGACAUGCUCCCGGGUCGGAUGAGUAACCUGGUGGUGUCGCAGAUCAUGAAUUACCCUGACGUCAUCUCGAGGGCCAGCGCCAUUGAGAAGUGGGUGGCAGUGGCCGACAUCUGCCGGUGCCUGCACAACUACAACGGCAUGCUGGAGAUCACGUCGGCCUUAAACAGAAGUGCCAUCUACAGGCUGAAGAAAACCUGGGCCAAGGUGUCCAAGCAGACAAAAGCUCUAAUGGACAAACUGCAGAAGAUUGUUUCAUCGGAAGGACGAUUUAAAAAUCUCAGAGAAACCCUGAAAAAUUGUAACCCCCCAGCGGUUCCUUACCUUGGGAUGUACUUGACGGACCUGGCAUUCAUUGAAGAAGGAACACCGAACUUCACUGAGGAAGGCCUGGUCAAUUUUUCCAAAAUGAGAAUGAUAUCCCACAUCAUCCGAGAGAUUCGCCAGUUCCAGCAGACUUCCUACCGCAUAGACCCUCAGCCAAAGGUCACUCAGUACUUGCUUGACAAAACGCUCAUCAUAGAUGAAGAUACGUUAUAUGAACUGUCACUAAAAAUUGAGCCUCGACUCCCUGCUUGAAGACCGGCUUGCCCUGUGUCCACAGGAUUUUCCAGACCAGACAGGAUUUGCAUGCCAGGAGAGGAUGGUGGAGAUGAAGCCAGUCUCCGUUCUUCAGCAAAGAAGGCAAAGCCAGCUGGGAAUUCUCUCUCCCAGAAGGGAGGCACUGCUGUUUGGGCUGAAAGGCAAAUGCUUGGGACUCGGGAGGGAAGGAGCACAGACAGCGAGUUGGUGAAGCUGAUGGCAUAGUGUGCCUGAGGGAAUGUCAGGUGGGAGGUACCAGUAACCAUUUUAAUGAAGCAGGUAAGAAAGUAAAUUGCAAACCCCGUCCUGCGUGCUGUGAGACCUGGGAUCGGGGAUUCAUGGGAAAGACCAUAGCACGCUGGUUCUCUGACACUUCACUGGCCUGGGCACACUUGCCAACCUUCUUGUGGCAUCCACUUCCUUUCCUGUCCUGACAGGACACAGCAAACCCAUGAGCAAUUCCAGUCCCCAGCAUGUGCAUGGUUUUCAAUGCAUCGUAUAUACCUCUACCUGAGGAAUGGUGUGUUCCGAAAUCCCUUUUCGGUCUUUAGACAACUGGACAGGAAAGACGUGAAGAAAGGCGUUUGUCCACAACUCUUCCUUGAUGAAGAAUCAGUAGGCUGUGCCCCAGAGGGUGCCAGUCGGUGGGGGCCUGGAGGAUAGGAAGGCUUGCUCCUGAGGCUGGUAGUACUGGAGCAGCCCUGCCUCUGCGGAGACAGGGACAGUGUGGACCAGAGACUGCUCAUGAAGGUGCACCCGCCCUCACCACCCAACUGGCAACCAAGAAGGAAGGCCACCCGUGCUAUAGGGAGUAAUGGGCCUGGUAGUUCUGUGAAAAUACAUACUUAUCUCUGCACCUUGCUUAGCUGUUUUUCUUUUUUCCCCUCUCAAGGGCCUGUGGGAACCGAUGGCAAUCCCCACAGAACUCUUUGAGGCCUACUAUGAAUGCUGUUGUUGGAUUUUUUAAAAAGUUCUGUAGUAGAAUGUUCCUUUUCAAAUCCUCUCAUGUGCUGUUUUUUAAACUAGUCUUCUCCCCACCCCCAUC